AUGCGGCGGGGUGCGGUAGUAGUCGCCGCUCUGUGCUUGGGCGCCGCCUGGCUUCUGGACCGCGGGUUCGAUCCCCGCGCCUGGCUGCAGCCCGGCAACCGCCUGCUGAGCGCCGCCGAGCUCGGACGGCACCGCGGUGCUCCGGGGGACCCCGGCCUCUAUCUCGCCCUUCUGGGCCGCGUCUUCGAUGUGCAGCCCGGCCGCAGGCACUACGGCCCCGGCGGGACCUACAGCGGCCUAGCAGGAAGAGAUGCCAGCAGAGCGUUUGCGACUGGAGACUUCACCCCGUCAGGCCUGGUGGAUGAUGUGUCUGCGCUGUCGCCAGCAGAGAUGCUCACCAUCCAGAGCUGGCUGUCCUUCUACAGCACCAACUACGCCUGUGUGGGGAAGCUGGUGGGCAGAUUCUAUGAUGAAAAUGGGGCACCGACAGAGGCCUUAAAGCAGGCUGAGGCUGCCAUCGAGGAAGGGCUGAAGUUCAAAGCAGAAAGUGAUCGGUGGAAGGAGCAGUUUCCACCCUGCAACUCUGAGUGGAGCUCUGCCAAGGGCAGCCGAUUCUGGUGCUCCAGGCAGAGUGGGGGAGUGAACAGAGACUGGACCGGCGUGCCCCGGAAGCUGUACAGGCCUGGCUCGAGGGGAAGCCACUGCGUGUGCGUGAGAACCAGCGGCCCCCCGUGGGGCCAGCAGGGCUCAGCCCAGCACAGCGACAGAGGCGACCUGGAUAACCCCCACCUGCAGGAAUACGACGGCUGCCACCCGCAGGCUGAGCAGUGCAUCCUCAGCACGUGACACCGUGAUUGAAGGGGGCCAGAAGGGCUCCGGUGAUACCCUGUGCUUAGGUGUGCAGUUCCAGCUUCGUUCCCUCCCGUCUGUCUGUGCAAAGGGAGCGAUGGCAGUUUCAUGUUCUGUGUCUUUUAACACAUGGAGAUGGAGGUGGGAGAAGAAGAAACACUUGAGCCAAGUUACUGGCUAAAAAACUGGCACUUAGUGCUUUUUUCCCCACAGUAUUUUUACAUCCAGUGACAAACUGUAAGAUGCACAGCUUGAGCUACACUUAAAAAUGUAUUUCUUGUACAGCCAGGAAAUAGAUGUUUGUGUGCUCAGCGGUGAGUGUAAGGUGUUGUGCUUUAAGGCAGCAAGCAGCAAUGGCAGCAGCAUCACUGACUUCAGUCUAUGCACAAUCCUCCAAUGUCACCUGAAGUCUGCUUACUGCUGCUGCCCUUUCCCAUACAACUGCUUUGCUCUGAAGGAUGUAAAAGCAGCAGGGAGAAGCCUGACUUUCUCCUACAAUUGCAGUGUGUAGCAUCCAGGAACUUGUCCAGUUCAUAUACAAGCUCUGCUUAUCAGAUCCACGAAUACAGAAGGCAAAGGUCAGAGCUGCAUUUCCUUAUUUCAUGUUUGUAUUAGAUACUGAGCAAAGAAGAUAAUGGAUGCCACCUAUGAGGAUUGCUGCUUAAAGUUGACCUCACCAUCCUUGUUUGGUGAUUCACUACUUGAAAGCUACCCAGCCCUGCAGUUUGAACUAGGUGAUAAUAAAAUCUACGUACAGUGUGACCA